AUGUUAAAUCCACUGCAAGCAAAACUUUGGGAUACUGUGGAUGAUAACAGACUAAUAAAGGAGAAAACUAAAGUUGAAUGUACCUUGAAAGAUAAAACAGAAAAUGAAAAUCAUAAUAUGAGAGUAGCUAUAUUGAAUACAUGCUCAGAUAAAUCUAGUGAAAUUAAAACAACAAUUGUAAUUCACAAUCCUCCUGGCGGGAAAUCUUCACUUACUCUAGGCUAA